UGGCCCCGCCCCCCCCGGUGACACGGCUGGCGCGGGCGGGCCCGUCCCCCCUGCCCCUGGGUCGCUCUUUUUAAGCUCCCCUGAGCCGGGGCUGCGCUCCUCUAAUUGGGACUCCGAGCCCGGGCUAUUUCUGGCCCUGGCGCGGCUCCAAGAAGGCAUCCGCAUUUGCUACCAGCGGCGGCGGCGGCGGCGGCGGAGCCAGGCCGGUCCUCAGCGCCCAGCACCGUCGCUCCCGGCAGCUCGGAGCGCGCACCGCAGGCCGGCAGCCGAGCUCGCGCAUCCCAGUCGUCGCUCCUCACCUGCUCUGCUGACGAGGGAAGAUGAGCGAGUCGAGCUCGAAGUCCAGCCAGCCCCUGGCCUCCAAGCAGGAAAAGGACGGUGCUGAGAAGCGAGGGCGGGGCCGGCCUCGCAAACAGCCUCCGGUGAGUCCUGGGACCGCGCUGGUAGGGAGUCAGAAGGAGCCCAGCGAAGUGCCAACACCUAAGAGACCUCGGGGCCGACCGAAGGGGAGCAAAAACAAGGGUGCCGCCAAGACCCGGAAAACCACCACAACUCCAGGGAGAAAACCAAGGGGCAGACCCAAAAAACUGGAGAAGGAGGAAGAGGAGGGCAUCUCGCAGGAGUCCUCAGAGGAGGAGCAGUGACCGCCGCCCGCUCCCUCCAGAGGAGCAGUUUCCUUCUGGGACUGGACAGCUCCGCUCUGCUCCCGCCCCCCCAGGCCCUCCCCGCCCCCCACCUGCACCCUCCCCGCCACACUACACCGCACACCAGCCGCUGCAGGGUCCCUGGGCCUGAGUGGGGAGCUGCUCCCUUUGAUUUCAGGUCCCAGCGACCCCUCACCCACCUGCCACAUCCACCCUCCCAGACAAAGCUGACUUCCACUUAGCCGCUCCCGCACUGCUGCACCCCUGCUCCCUGUGUGGUGGGGGCCUUGCUGGCUGGGCUCUCGGUUUGGGGAUCCCCUCUGCCUCUCGCCUCUGGCUUCCCAUUAAGGGGCCUCAGAGGGCUCCCCUGGCCUUAAAAGGGGCCCAAGCCCCAUCUCAUCGUCUCAUUUGGACACGCCCCACUCCACUGUACUAGCGGCAGCAGGUGCGGCCACUGGAGAGGGGUGACCGCCCAGAGAUGACCCCCACCAUCCCCGACCGACCUGUGUCUCUCCAGGGGUGGCUCACACCCCAUCUCCUUCCCGCCUUGCCUCGUCCCCACACUCGGUGGGGCCACCCUCUUGGGGGCUCAGGAAGGAAGGUAGGAAUGUAAGCCCCCUCCCAGCUCUAGGCAGGCUCCAGCCCACCUUGCCCUCACCCGGGAAUCCCGUUGCAAUGAUGGAAAGAGUCCCCUUUAUCCAGGUGAGGCCCAGGAGGCCUGGGCUCCCUGCAGCAGCCACUUGUGGCGAGCUGGAGCCACUCCCCACCCCGUCUGCUUCCGCUCCAGGCCUCAGUUUCCCCUCCUUCCUUGCCUCGGGGCACUAAUAACAAGGAGCUAGUCUUGCCCACUCCCGCCCUCCUGCUCCUCCCCACCCCCCAAGGUUCUGGUUCCAUCUUUCCUCUGUUCACAAACUACCUCUGGACAGUUGUGUUGUUUUUUGUUAAAUGUUUCAUUCUUAGACAUCCGUCAUUGCUGCUGCUACCAGCGCCAAAUGUCCAUCCUCAUUGCCUCCUGCUCUGCCCACGUCCCCCUCCUCCAAGAAGCUCUUAGGGGAAGGGGCCUGGAGCAAAGCAGGCUGGGUACAGACUCCCCCAGUCCCAGGGAAGGUGGGGUCCUGCCCCUAGGAUGCUGCAGCAGAGAGGGGGGGCCCGUGUUGACUGUCAGGUGUAGGGGCCACCUUCUCCACCUGUUCUGUCAGGGAGGAGGUAGCCAUUAUUUGUCCCAGCCUGGGGCUCCCCUCUGGUUUCCUAUUUGCAGUUACUUGAAUAAAAAAAUAUCCUUUUCUGGA